CAAGGCAACAAAGAGAAACCAGAGCCUCCACCAAACCAACCACCAACCGAAGCAUCGCACCACCAAGGCUCCAGAAGACUCCAGAAAGACGCCCGAAGAAUGAAGAUCUCCAUCGUCUCAGCGCUGCUCUCCAUCGCACUGCUGUUCGAGUGCCACACGUUGACGUCGUCGGCCUCCCCCGCCGGACGGGCCGGAGACUCCAGCGCCGAGCAGGACGUCCUGGCGCAGCUGCUGGACGAGGAGGCGGGCGAGGCGAGCCGAGACGCCGGAGGCCCCAGAGUCAUCGUCGUGGGCGACGCGUCCCUCUGGGGGACCCUGAGGACCCUGGAAAGGGCGACCCUUCCUCACCUGGCCACCGCCGUGCGGAGGGACACCAACCAGGAGCCCAUCAGCAACAGCCUGUCCGUCCUGCGCAGGGACACCAUGAGGUGCAUGGUGGGCAGGGUGUACCGGCCAUGCUGGGAGGUGUGAUGACCGCUUCUGGAACCUUCCGAGCCUUCAAUAGUCACAGGCCCUUCACCCCUCUCCUGUUGUGUGUUGUCUCAAUGAAUGUUGUGUUCCUUGGAGGAAAAAUGUACAGUCCCCUGCAAU